CACCAAUGCGCUUGGAGGCGAUACCGCUUUUACCGUGAAUAACGGACAAGGCUACCGUCCGCCGUCCAAGGACAAGUAUAUUUGGAUCACACGACGAGGAUCUACCCCGAUGGUGUGUCUGAUUGUCGCACGGAGAGGCGAUCGAUUACCGUUUAACUGUGCAAGAUGGAAUUAAUCGGUGUUAUUUAUCUCCCGCAGAUAACGGGACAGAAUGCUCGUGUGUGAUGCGGCCGAGCGCGAACGCUGCGCCGCUGCAGUAUCCGCGCAGAGGCGCGUGAGCGCUCGGUCGGCGAUUCUUACUCAAUCAACGUGUUGUUUUAGUGAAUAUGUGUCAUGGGAAUUAAAAUGGUGCUGUGAACAAAUAGGGUGCGUUUACAUUUGUUUUAUAAAGCAUAUCUGUGUAUACGUAUCUAUUAAUGUGUUUUUGUUUCAAUAAAAUCACGGAGCCAGCGCAGAAUAACUGCGUCUAUAUCGCGAUUAUUACGGGUCUGGACAGCCGGAGAUUCAGCACUAACACUUGUUUUUUUAUUUGGACAUUAUCUAUAGAAAGGAAGUGGGUGUUACAGUAACAUAGAUAAGCUGUUGCUGGUUUAUCUAAAAGUCUGUCAUGUUGGUGUGUCAAUCAGCGUAUUUGCGCUAAACACAGGAGCUCGCGCUGCCCGUCAGUAUGGCCUCCGGUGCUGGUGGGGACGCUGGGGUAGGGGACCGUGCACCCGUUAAACCGUUCCCGUGCUUGUGUGAGGAAUCUACUCAGGGAUUGAAAUCUCAGAGCCUCCCUGUGCUCAGCGGUAGUCAGGCUCCGGAGCAGGAGGCGGAUCAGACAUUGCUCUCUGCCCCGUACAGCUCACCCCAUUGCGGAUCCCCAGUUCGUGAUUCGGAGGGUCGCGGCACAGCUGCGCUCUUGGCGUUCCGGCUGCCGAUCAGACGCUAUGUGGACGUGAUCCUGGCCGACUCACGCUGCUUCCUGUUCUGCAUGUGUUACCUCACAUUUAUUCAGUCACUGAUGGUGUCCGGAUAUCUCAGCAGCGUCAUCACUACCAUAGAAAAACGCUACAGUCUUCGGAGCUCAGAGUCAGGUUUGCUGGUCAGCUGUUUUGACAUUGGUAGUCUCCUCGUUGUGGUCUUCAUAAGCUACUUUGGUGGACGGGGUCAGAGGCCACGCUGGCUGGCCGUAGGGGGCAUAUUUAUUGCAGUGGGUGCCGCCCUCUUCUCCCUACCUCACUUCAUAUCUCCACCCUAUCAGCUGGAGGAGCUGAACAGCACGGUAGGGGGUGAGGGGCUCUGUGCCAGUGGGAACAGCAGUGGACAGGAGAAGCCAGUGCUGUCCAGGUGCCAACGGGACCGAGAGGAGAGUGAACAUGCCCUCUAUGUGGCUCUGUUCAUAUGUGCUCAGAUCCUGGUGGGAAUGGGGUCGACUCCCAUAUACACACUUGGACCAACUUACCUGGAUGACAAUGUGAAGAAAGAGAACGCAUCACUGUACCUUGCUAUCAUGUAUGUAAUGGGAGCACUUGGACCAGCUGCUGGCUAUCUGCUGGGAGGGAUACUGAUCGGAUUCUACGUUGACCCCGGUACCAAUGUCAAUAUUGACCAGAGCGACCCGCGUUUUGUUGGAAACUGGUGGAGUGGGUUUCUCUUGUGUGCUGUGGCAAUGUUGUUGGUGAUCUUCCCCAUGUUCUCCUUUCCUAAAAAACUUCCACCGCGCCACAAGAAAAGUAAGAGGCAUGUGAAAAAGAGUCCAGGCGACGUCUCCAGUGAUGACGAAAUGAUGAAGGAAAAGAGCCAGGCUGUCUCCUCUUCUAUGGGUUUUGGCAAAAACAUCAAAGAUCUGCCAAAAGCAGCAGGGCGAAUUUUGAGUAAUGUGACGUUUUUGUUUGUGAGUUUGUCGUAUACGGCAGAAUGCGCCAUCGUCACGGCCUUCAUCACUUUCAUUCCCAAAUUUAUUGAGUCUCAAUUUGGUGUUCCAGCAUCUAGCGCCAGUAUAUACACAGGUCUGAUCAUCGUACCCAGUGCAGGUGUGGGUAUAUUUUUGGGCGGGUUCAUCAUCAAGAAGCUGAAACUGGGCGCAAGAGAAGCAGCGAAGCUGGCCAUGAUCUGCAGUGGCGUUUCCCUGCUCUGUUUUUCCACACUCUUCAUCGUCGGCUGUGAGAGCAUUAACCUCGGCGGAAUCAAUAUCCCUUACACCACGGGGCCCACGCUGACUCUGUCUCACCGUAACCUUACGGGAAGCUGUAAUGUCAACUGUGGCUGCAGGAUCCAUGAGUAUGCACCUGUCUGUGGCUCUGAUGGCAUUACAUACUUUAAUCCAUGCCUGGCUGGAUGCAGCAACAUCGCCAACCACACCUCAGGAAUCAGAAACUAUUCGGACUGUGCGUGUGUUCAAAGCAGACAGGUGAUCACGCCGUCAGGAGGGAACCACGAGCUGCAGGUUGUGAUCGUUAAAACGUACCUGAACGAGAACGGUUAUGCACUGGCAGGAAAGUGUGAACGCACCUGCGGAACGCUCAUCACCUUCCUCAUCUUUCUCUUCAUCGUCACUCUCAUAACUGCCUGCGCUCAGCCGUCCGUCAUUAUCGUUACGCUCAGGUCAGUAGAGGAGGAGGACAGACCGUUUGCUCUGGGAAUGCAGUUCGUUCUUCUCAGGACUCUUGCCUACAUCCCCACUCCCAUCUACUUUGGAGCUGUGAUUGACACCACCUGUAUGCUGUGGCAGCAAGAUUGUGGUUUCCAUGGAUCUUGCUGGGAGUAUGAUGUCACUUCCCUACGGUUUGUUUACUUUGGGCUUGCAGCGAGCCUGAAGUUCCUGGGCUUCCUCUUCAUCUUCCUCACUUGGUAUUCUCUGAAGCGGCUUGAGGAGCAGACACAUGCACACACGCAUACACACACUCUUUCUUCACUGGACAUGGUGAGCCACCUCAUCUGCCACGCUGGAGGUCACAAAGGCCACGCCCGCACACGCUCCUGUCCUGUCUUCCUGCCGCGCCUACCUGAAUACUCCCACGCUGCCAUGCCAACUGGAAAUGCCCUUAGCCGUGGGAACAGUUGCCCUGGCAAUGGCCUAAAAGCAAUAACUCCACCCAUACGGUCACUUGAGAAAGUGGUAGUGUAAGACAAGUGGAUG